AAUUUCCUGAAAUGAAGAAAAGUCAAAGUGCUAGGUUACGUGUACUUGUUUUCCUUCGUUAUUUAUUUACUAACAAGGCUGAAAUAUAUUUUUUUGAUUUAAGUAAAUAUUGGUCGGAUAAAGCACGUAAUGAAGUGUUCAUUAAAAUUGUUCAGCCUUCAUCGAUUUCAUCUUGAGCAACUUAAUUAAUGUAUGAUUUUUUCAUUUAUCGGCCUGCAAAAAGCCGCAAGCACUUUCCCCCAAAGGUGCCCCUUUACAAUGAGCAGCACAGUUGCUACUGCUGAAACUACAUCUGCUCAAAGGCAGGCGGAAACAACUAAUUCAUCUAGUAAAAAACCGCGCAUACCUGGAUUUGGCAGGGAGGUCAUUCUAAAGGUGGUUGAAAUGUGUAAACUGGAAGGAGAAAGAAAUGCGCCCCUUUGCCCGUUAAACGCCCCCACACAAAGAGCCGCAAUGUAUAGUGGCGUCUCGGAGAGCACCAUUAGAAAAAUAAAGAAUGAAAACAAACAUUCCAACCCACAUCAGAACAAAGCAGGCAGCGAGAAGAAGUGUUCGCAGCCAAAAAAGCGAAAUUACAAGGGCCAAGUAAUCGCACCCAGCGCCAGAGAGAUAAUAUUGAAAGUGAUUAAUGCUUGUUGUCAAGAGUAUCAAAGCGGAGGAUUUAUUGCUCCUUUGAUUAGCACUAUAGAAAGAGCGGCUUAUUACACGGGAGUCUCACAAUCGACGGUCCACCGAAUAAAGCGGGAAAAUAAAAUCAGAAAUGAAAUCGAUCAGGAAAUGAUGCUGCCCACCCCAGGCACGAAAAACAAAAAAAAUAUAUUUACCGGAAAAGUCAACGACAAGGACUUUAAUAAAAUUAGAAAGCUCAUCUAUGAUUUGCUACUUGAUAAUGUCGUCCUCACAGUAGGCUCGGUGCUGAAAGCCACCAAAGAGCUCGAUAUUAAUUUCGACUAUUCCGAGCACACGCUUUCAAGGUUGCUGACAGUCAAAGGCUUUCUUUGGCACUCCUUGCCGAAAAACCGCAAAGUUUUGCUGGAAAAAACGGAGAUUUUUCAAGCCAGGUUAAACUGCAUCAGACAAAUUAAGCGCUGCGAAGCAGAAGGAUGCUUGGUUGUGUAUUUAGAUGAGAAACUAAUCGGGUCAGAGGUAGACACACAGUCAAACUUCUGGGGCAACAAAGGAAUUUUAUGCGCCAGAAGGCUUGUGCUUUUUACGGAAUUUUCUUCACAGUCUAUCACUAAGGAUAUUUUAGGGUUUAUCCACCCCAACGAUCAUCAGCCUGUAGUGAACUGUUUAUCUGAAAAGUGGCUAGAGGAGCACCUGUUCCCCAACAUUCCUCCACGCAGUUUAAUUAUCAUGAAUUGCUGCUACAAUCAGGGAAUGGCCAUCCCCAAUAUAUACUCCACCAGGCCCAAGUUGAUUGAAUUUCUAAAGAAGAACCACAUAGAAUACAACGAGCGACAAACGUGCGCUCAGCUACUCGACACUAUUAAAGCCAACCUUAAUAUUGUCCCGGAAGAGUUUAAGCAAUUUGACCAAACCAUUGAAAAACACGGCCAUAUCGCGCUUAGGCUGCCAGAGUUUCUAUCUGAUCUCAAUCCUAUUGCCCUGACUUAUGCGGACAUUAAGCAGACAGUUAGACGAGACCUGGGCAGCACAAAAGCCAGUUUAACAAAUAUAGCCCGCACAGUGGCGGAUGCUUUGCAGGUAGAAGCGAUUGGGGCAAUUGUUGAUGGCAUUAUUGAGACUGAGGACUACUUUUUGAGCAAACAGGAAGGCAUUUUGCAGUUCUAUGAGGCUUUAGGUUUUGUAGCAGAUUCGGAACUGGGUGGAGCUCCUGGGAGAGGUUCGCCCAAUGUAGAUGAUGUUAAGACAGACAUAAAUGAGGAACCAUAACAACUGUGUGUGUAAAUACAUGUUUCUUUAGAACUGUA